AUGAGGCGGGUGGAGCAGAGAAAAGCUUCCAUACACCUGUGCUCUAAUAAGCUGAAGAUUGCUUCAACGCCCUUAGAAAAUAUUAUGCAGGUCCUGGGUAUAGUGCAACUGGACUGUAUUCAGGAAGUGGAAGUGAAUUGCAUUUGGCAUCUGUCCACUCUGGCCAUGUUUGCUCCUUUCUUGGGCCAAAUGAGUAAUAUACAGAGACUCUAUCUCUCCCACAUCCAUGGGCUAGCAUUUGAAGAGGAGGAAGAGUAUCACCAUGCUGUCCAAAUUACCUCUCAGUUCCGCAGGUUGUACCACCUCCGAGAUCUGUAUUUGGAGACUCCCUCCUUCCUUGAAGGCGGCCUGAACCAGAUGCUCAGGUGCCUGAUGACUCCCUUGGAAAACCUUGCUAUAACUCACUCUCUCCUUACGGAUUCAGACUUGACCCAUCUGUCCCAAUGUCCAAACAUCAGUCAGCUAAAGGGCCUGGAUCUGACUGGUGACCUCCUGACGUACUCCAAUGCUGAGCGCCUCUCAGUUCUGCUGGAGAAAGUUGCAGGCACACUUGAAAAACUGGACUUAAACAUGUGUGGGAUUAGGGACUUCCAUCUUGAAGCCAUCCUGCCUGCCCUGAGCCACUGCUCCCAGCUCAAGUACUUCAGCAUGUGCGGAAACCUCCUCUCCAUGGCUAUCAUGGAGAAGAUGCUGCGACACACCUCCGCACUGCCCAGUUUAAAUAAAGAGCUGUAUCCUGUCCCUCAGGAGAGUUUGCUAUCUAGGGGAAUCCGUCGACCACAGAGACUUGCACAGUGUCGGGCUGAACUGUUUGAGAUUCUGAAGGACUUAGGACGUCCCAGGACCAUUUGGAUUAGCUCUAUCUCCUGUCCACAGUGUGAAGGUCAUGCAUUCUCUCAUCCUGAGCCCAUUAUAUACCAGGGAAAUAUCCUUGCCUAG